AUGUUUCUGAAACAUAUCGACCUAACUACCGCACUACGGCCCUCUUAUCUCCCUGAUGAGGUGCUUCUCUUUGUCCAGGACAACGUUGGCUUGUAUGAGGGCAAGUUCAAGCUUCCCAAUCAGCAGAAUGGGCAGGUUUACUUGACUUCACAUCGAGUAUGUUACGUUGACAAGCAAGAGCCCCGCAAACACUCUGUGGCGUUGGACCUGAAAGAUGUAGAGCGCCAUGAGUUCUAUGCUGGAUUUCUCAAGUCAUCAGCCAAGGUGACUCUGAUACCAAAGCCACCUAAACGAUCAUCAUAUCACAGUCGCGCUAUAUCCAAUGUGUCAAGCUCACAAAGGAACGCUUCUGGAUCCCCUGGGCAUUCUGAAUCUGGGUAUCGAGCUCCCCCCGAGCCUCCUGUAACGAGUGCGACCUGGGUCUGCACAAUAUGCAGUUUCUCAAACCCAGUCCCUUCGAACUUUGACCCAACCUCUGCUAACGCACAUACGCCCCUUCCUCCAUGUUUAGCUUGUGGCAUCAAGCCGUCUUUAGCCCAUGUUCUGAAAGCUGCGAUUUCCGGUGCGAGUAAUCGUCCAGCAGCCUCAACAGCUAUUGAUUCACCGCUUCCGUUACGACCAGCGCAGUCUGGCCCUCGGCCUUUGUCCGAAAACUUGGAUCAAUUACCUGCACCAAGUUUUACUGAUGCCUCCAAUGGUUCGAAGUCAUCUGCUUCAUUUCAAUGUCCUCGGUGCACUUUCUCAAAUCAUCCUUCCUUGAUGACAUGCGAGAUGUGCGGUGGCCCUCUGAUAUCCAACAACGUUCCAUCCCCUAUUCAGCAAAGCUCAGCCUCCGAAACAGUCAGAACUGAUUCUCCGGGGCCUGUCCUCGAUCCGAGUAAGAUCAACAAAAACGGGAGCGAUGCCCCUGAAAGUGUAAAGAUCUCUUUCCGGAGGGGAGGCGAGAAGAUAUUCUAUGAAAGACUGAAAGGUUCCAUGACACAGCGCAAAUGGCUACUUCGAGAUGCCCCUCCGGCCCCAAACAGUCGGGCUACAGAUGAAGGAGCAAGCGAUGCAACCAAUGGUGGUUCAGGGGGGCGAACGAAGGGCGUCGGUAUUGCUGGACUGGAGCAGCUGGGCCUGAACAUGCGCAAAAACAACGAGUUGCUCAUUGGGAGUGCCUUUGAGGAUCUGGAGGCUCUUAUGUCAUCUGCUAAGGAGGUAAUUGCCCUUGCAGAACGGUUUGCGCGGCAGACGAACAAUGCGCAGGGCAACGCAUCAGCCGAGGAGAAUGCCAUCCUCGCGGAGUCAGCAAGCCAACUUGGCCUUGUCACGACCAAGGACAUUGUCGGUGGCGGCAGCUCCGAGUCACUCUAUUUAUCAGAACUAGCCAGAAACUUGGCCGAGUUCCUGACAGAUGACUCGAGAGGCGUGCUUAAGAAAGCGGGCGGUAUCAUCACGCUUGUUGACUUAUGGGCCAUGUUCAACAGAGCUCGAGGUGGUGUUGAACUCGUCAGUCCGGCAGAUUUCGAGAAGGCUGCAAGACUUUGGAGCAAGCUCAAGCUGCCUGUCCGCCUGCGCACCUUCCGCAGUGGCGUCAUGGUUGUUCAGAGCCGCGAGCGCACCGACGGAACCACUGUAAGAGCCAUACUUGCAUGGCUGAAGGAUCUUCACGAGUUCCCGCCGGAUCGCGAUGUGCCCUGGGACUGGCAGGAGUUUGGCCGUGGAGUCACUGCUCAGGAAGCCGCUGAGCGCUUCGGAUGGAGUCUCGGUGUUGCAGAGGAGGAACUUCUGAUGGCCGAGGAGCGAGGAGAGUUGUGUCGUGAGGAGGGACUAGAGGGGCUUAAGUUCUGGGUGAACUAUAUCAACCUAGGUGAACACAAGAAGCACAGAACACAAGCCCAAAAGGACAGUGACGAAGUCAUGAAGGCAUUGAAAGCAAGCGGCCUCUUAUAG